CAGUAGGAUUGUUUGUUUGUAUUCAGGAUCCCUGACCUAUUUAUAUAAAGAGAUGGGAUGACUAAGUAUUUCUUAUAAUCGAAUGGUUUCAUGAUCUCAUGAUGAGAUUGAAUUAGCGGGUCUGCUCAGACACCGCUCAGGUAAAUUUGUAGGAUUCGUCAUUUCAUUGUAAGGGAAUUUGCUAUCAGGUACACUACAAGAUUUUGAUAUCCUCGUACCUUCUUCUCUCUGUCCUACUUAAUUUUUUUACUCGCCCAGCGAGCCGCAUGGAAAAGUUGAUGCCUCAUUAGCUAUUAAUCUCACUUUUUUAUUGUUGAGAAUGGCUAUCCUAUUGGACCUACCUAAUGAGAUUCUCAUCUCGAUUCUUGAUGCCCUCGCUGAUGUCGAUCUUCAGUCACUCAUCAUCUUACAACUCAUGAACCGCCGGCUUUAUACGCUUGCGAAGGAUAUCCUAUGCGACGUUAAGAGUAUCUGGAGCACCGACGACGCGAGGGAUGAUGAGGGAACGCGAAUACAUCCUCUUUGGAGAACAAAAUUUAAAGGCCUAUUCGAUACGUCGGAUUGCUUUACGGACGAGGAGAAGAGGAGAAUGGCGUUUCUAACGCUCAACGGCGAUUACACACUCCCCUUCCGCAGGCUCCCAUGGGCACAAACGGAAAGUGAACGUGACGUGUAUCGCCGCCCAGGAGCGAGUUGGCGCGAAAUUAGCCUUACUUUCGGCCGAGCUCCCAUAACGCACUUAGAUGUCGUCAAGAGUUAUUCCGCUCCUGAGGGCGAUGCAGUCGACUACUACCAAGUUGAUCUACCACCGUCCGGUAUGACAAUGGGUCUCUUCUAUGACGUUCUCCUAUGCGACAAGGCAACAUACGGCUAUGAGACGGGUAGUUGGGAAUUGAUCGUCGGCCGAAGAUUACGCAGUUUCGACGUCUUAUUCGAAUACGAAUGCUUCAUUCCGGAUGAUAGAGACCUAGUCGACAUCGGUAAAGAAGCACGCCAGGCCGCAGUGUUGUAUGUGCGGGGGGGCCCAGUGAGCCGUAAAUUCACACCCGAUGCCGUGGACAGUUGGGUGGUUAACAACAAUAUGGAACAACGACUGCUUCGAUGGCAAGGGCCAAUCCAGAAUUUCAUUUUUACCGGAUAUUUCGACUAAGUUAGGUACCUAACCUAAGGUAGUUGGAAUUAUUUAAAGUUGAAGGUUUCUAAUCGUGAUUACCUACCUUACCGCCCGGGGGGGGUCUUUAAAAAUGUUUACAAUAAUAAUGUCAAAUUAUUAAAAUAAUGUUACACGAACAUGUUAAGGAAAAGGUUUUUAAGUAAAUAUAUAUUUAUUUUAUACAUACUUUUAAAUAUUAAAUAUAGUUUAUAUACAUAAUAUACUUUUAAGUUAAAAA